AUGUGGUUUCUGCUGACUGUGGCGUUGUCUCGAAAACUACCUCAAGAACUGUACCCUUGGCUUGUGAUGUUGCCUCAGCGGUCGAAACCACUGCCGCUUCUUCGAGUAAUAAACCCGGAGUUCAUUCCUUCUGCGUUGCAGAAACCUCUUCUGUCAGACAACGCAGGUACUUCGUACGCUGAGGUGGCCGCCGGGUGCUCCGGCGAAAACAUGCGACCGUCCACUGACACUGAUGUCUAUGCCACUUUAUGUCCGUACUUCAUGAACGGAGAGUGUCCGUAUGGUGAGGAGUGCAUGUUCGUCCAUGGAAACGCCUGCGACUUGUGCGGUCACUUCGUACUUGUGCCUGGUGAUGAAGCUCAAAAUACUCAGCAUCGGCGGGGAAGUGAAAAAGCGUUCGUGAAAGAGUGCUUGGAAGAACACGAAAAGCAGAUGGAAGUGGCGUUCACAAUGGCGCGUAGCAAAGGCAUGCAGUGUGGCAUUUGCAUGGAAGUGGUGAUGGACAAGCCGAACGAGUACGCGCGUCGAUUCGGUAUCCUGCCCAAUUGUAAACAUUGUUUCUGCUUGGAAUGUCUUCGUAAAUGGCGCCAGGCCAAGCAGUUCGACACGAAGAACAUAAGGUCUUGUCCUGAGUGUCGUGUGAUGUCAGACUUCGUCAUUCCGUCGACGUUCUGGGUGGAAACCGACGAGGAGAAAGCGUGCUUGACCGAGGUAUACAAAGCAUCAAUGAAAUCGAAGAACUGUAAGUACUUUGCCAACGGCGAUGGCGAAUGCCCAUUCGGCAACAAGUGUUUCUAUCGUCACGUGCGACCAGACGGCGUCGUAGUCGAAGGAGACAGCCCACGAACGGUACGCAGAAGAAUGCGCAGAAAUAACCACCGUUCAGCGCACGGAUACGGACCAUCCGGUGACCUGAGUUUGUUAUGGGACUUUCUCGAGGAGCGUGACCACGCAUUUGACGGUGGCAGCGACAGCUCAUGGCUGUGGGACCUGCGCGUCGAGGACGAAUUGGAUGUGCUGAGCCUGGACGACUCAGAUUCUGAUUCUGAAUUUGGCUUUUGGGAUUUGCUGUGGUACUAG